UCACCUAACAAUCUUGUGAUGUGAAUGUCGGUCAGGUGACUCAGGUUGUACUAUAAAGUUUAGAUUUUUCAUUUUCUCUGAUUUUUGUUCAUCUUAUUCAUCCAAUUGGAUAUUUCUUUCGCCUCAUCCAUCAAACCCUAACCCUAAUCCUCUGAUUAAACCCGUCAAUUCCCUUUUUCUUUCGAUUUGUUCGUCGAUUUCUCUUCAUUCGAAAAAUUCUCUCCUAAAUUCACCGUCAAUUUCAUCCAUGAAUCAAGGCAUAUAAUGAUCGGGGUGAUUCCUGGCGCUGCGAAUCGAUUGCAUGGGUUUCGAGAAUGCCGGAGCUUCGUAGUGAACCGCAACGCCGUCGUGGUGCUCCGGUAGGCCGUAGAAUCUCUGAAACACCGUCUCCGGCUGCCAAAUACGUCAAAACUCGGGCUGCAGUCGCGGCGGCAAAGAAGCUCGAGCAGGAGAAGCCGGCGGUGAUCGUGAUAUCGGAGGACCAAAGGAAGGAGAAGGAAGAAGAAGAAGUUGAAGCAGGCUUGAUGGGUGGUGGUGAUAGUGGCGGGUUGAGUGCUAACAAGGGCAUCCCUCAAGAGGAUGAAGGCAACACUACCCCUUUUCCUGAGAGGGUUCAAGUAGGAGGAUCACCUGUGUACAAAGUGGAGAGGAAACUGGGUAAAGGUGGAUUUGGACAGGUCUUUGUUGGCCGUCGAGUUACCGGUGGUACUGACCGUAUUAAUGGCCCCGGUGCCACUGAGGUGGCUCUGAAAUUUGAACAUAGGAACAGUAAAGGCUGUAACUAUGGCCCUCCAUAUGAAUGGCAAGUGUACAACACCCUUGGUGGCAGUCAUGGGAUACCUAAAGUACAUUAUAAAGGAAGACAAGGAGAAUACUACGUAAUGGUUAUGGACAUGCUUGGUCCAAGCUUAUGGGAUGUAUGGAAUAACUCAAACCAGGCGAUGUCUGCGGAAAUGGUUUCAUGUAUUGCCGUUGAAUCAUUGUCGAUCCUGGAGAAGAUGCACUCAAGAGGAUAUGUGCAUGGAGAUGUAAAACCAGAGAAUUUUUUACUAGGACAGCCAAAUACACCACAAGAGAAGAAAUUGUUUCUUGUUGACCUGGGAUUAGCAACAAAAUGGAGAGACACCUCCAGUGGACAGCAUGUUGAGUAUGAUCAACGCCCUGAUAUGUUCAGGGGGACUGUUCGAUAUGCCAGUGUUCAUGCACACUUGGGAAGAACUGCUAGUCGAAGGGAUGAUCUUGAAUCUCUUGCAUAUACACUCAUUUUCCUACAUAAAGGCCGGUUACCGUGGCAAGGUUAUCAGGGUGAUAACAAAUCCUUCCUUGUUUGCAAAAAGAAGAUGGGAACAUCUCCUGAGAUGUUAUGCUGCUUCUGCCCUCCUCCCUUUAGACAGUUUCUUGAGUUUGUAGUGAACAUGAAAUUUGAUGAAGAACCUAACUAUUCCAAGCUAAUAACUCUCUUUGAUGGUAUGCUUGGACCAAAUCCUGCAUUGCGGCCUAUUAAUACUGAAGGUGCUCAAAAGGUUGGGCAAAAAAGGGGUAGAUUGAAUACUGAGGAAGAGGAUGAUUCACAGCCCAAAAAGAAGGUUCGUUUGGGGGUUCCCGCUACCCAGUGGAUUUCAGUUUACAAUGCAAGACUGCCAAUGAAGCAAAGGUAUCAUUACAACGUAGCGGAUGCAAGAUUAGCACAGCAUGUGGAGAGGGGGAUUGCAGAUGGGCUUCUUAUUAGUUGUGUGUCUUCUUGUACCAAUCUCUGGGCACUUAUUAUGGAUGCUGGAACUGGUUUUACAUCUCAAGUUUACAAGUUGUCGCCUUUUUUCUUACACAAGGAAUGGAUCAUGGAGCAGUGGGAAAAGAACUAUUACAUUACUUCUAUAGCUGGGGCUAAUAAUGGGAGCUCUCUUGUCGUAAUGUCAAAAGGCACACAAUAUACACAACAAUCAUACAAAGUAAGUGAUUCCUUUCCCUUCAAAUGGAUCAACAAGAAGUGGAGAGAAGGCUUUCAUGUGACUUCGAUGGCCACUGCUGGAAGCCGCUGGGGCGUUGUUAUGUCUCGAAAUGCUGGAUUUAGUGAUCAGGUUGUCGAACUUGAUUUUCUCUAUCCUAGUGAUGGAAUCCACAGACGUUGGGAUAAUGGUUACAGGAUUACUGCAACUGCUGCUACAUGGGAUCAAUCUGCUCUUAUAUUAAGCAUUCCGAGGCGCAGGCCUGGUGAUGAAACCCAGGAAACUCUGCGUACAUCUCAAUUUCCAAGCACACAUGUCAAGGAGAAAUGGUCAAAAAACCUAUAUCUUGCUUGUCUGUGCUAUGGGCGCACUGUAUGCUGAUUUCCUGUACAAGGCGAAGUAUUUUGUUGACUAUGAAAUCAUAUAUAACUUUCUUCUUGGGUAAAGCUCGUUGUGCAAGCAGAGAGCUUUAUCUUCACCUGUUAUAUAGUAUUUGCUCUCCGCUCCCGUUCUUUUACUAGUUCUCGGGUGGCAGCGGAUGUAGUCGUUACUGUAUACAGCUUUGUGUUGUAUGUUUUUGUAAUAAUUAUAGGUUCUAGUAAUUUUUUUGGUAUGAUUUUUCAAGAUUGUUUCCAUUACAUGUCUAAUAAAAGAAAUUACUCUGUAUGGAUAUA